CCACCUCGGGGACCACUACCACCAUCUUCAUCAGUAAUAUAUCCCAUCAGUAAUAUAUCUUUAUAUCACUUUCCCUCUCUUUCAUCUCUUUGUUUAUCUAUCCUUCUCUCUAUCUCUAUCACUAUCUCUCUCCCACCACCACUACCACGUUAAUUAUUACUUUUAUGUUUCUCCUUCGUCUCUCUCUCUCUUUCCUCUUCUAUCUAUCUAUCUCUCUGUUCGUCCCUCACUAUCUGUCUCUCCCUCUCUCUCUAUCUCUCUGUUUGUCCCUCACUAUCUGUCUCUCCCUCUCUCUCUAUCUCUCUGUUUGUCCCUCACUCUCUGUCUCCCCCUCUCUCUAUGCUUCUCUUCCUCCCACCACAACCACUGCUACCACCUGUUAAUUGUAAGGAAAAAAUGUCGUCUGGCUUUCACAGCCGUGCAGACGCUGUUCCGGUUUAGCAAAUCCAUCGAUGGUAACAUCGCAUCAUCACCACCAUUCCCGGUGCGAAUUUCACUGAGAUUUGUCCGGAACACCUUGCUCCACACAGCUAGCUACCUCAUUUCUCCGUCCAUCCACCCGUUGUGUAUGUUUUGGCUGCUUAACCGUCUGCUGGUUUCGAUGAAGCCAUGUACUCGCUCUUUCAGCUGGUCCGGUUACUCACCGUCGAACAAGAUACAGACUCUCCGACUGACUUCCAGCCAAAUAUUGCCCAGUUUGCGUGGCGCCAGGCCAGAGACACCAGCCUCUUAGCACUCGUCUGUUCAAAUGGUCAUCUGUUGAUAUACUGGAGUGUACCUGGUCAACGGCCCAAGUCAAGGUUACUGCCAUGGCUGGAACAACGUCCAAUAGUCAGCCUUUGUUUCGACCCGUCCGCUACCUGGUUGUUGGUCAUCACUACACAGAUCGACAUGUUUAUCAUCCCGGCAUUAUCAUUAAUGGAUCCCCAGAGCAAAGUAGAUGCAACGUGGAAGAGAGAUGAUGCCACACAUAUAAGAUUUAAGAAACCCAAAGGUUUUCCAUCGGCACUCUGUUGGUGGCACACACUGACCGGUUAUGACGUCGCCAUUGUCGGAACAUCGUUGGGUGAGCUUGUAUUUGUCAACCUCCACACAAAGCGAGUUUUGGCAAACACCAGCAUCCAGUCAUACAUUGUCAAACUUGAUCUGAUAUUUGAUGAUGAACAAGUCAGUCGACAUCUUCUGGUCACAUCGAAAAAAGGGUCACAAUGGCAGCUACUUUUGGAGAAGUUAAACAGGUCAGAAUGGUACCAGGAAAUUGAGUUGGUGUCCAAGAGUUCCCUCUUGUCUGCAGAUGAUACCUACAGUAACGUAGUCAGCAUCAUUGACCGAGCAGCCGGCUAUCAGGACCUUUUCUGGCCAGUCUACUUCCCCCAAUUCGGUCGUUCCAUCCAGCUGUCUCCACAGUACGCCAAGGGACGACAGCUCGUUGCUGCACACUGCUGCCGCACCUGUUCCUAUCAGAUUUAUGACUGCUCCAUACAGAGGUCACCAUUGUACAUCUACAAACUGCCACUCGGGGCUCACAACACAGUCUUCACUGACAGAUUGAUAUUUCUGAACACAUGGCAGGAUGGCAAAAAACUCUUCCUAUUGGCCAAUCAGAAAGCUGAGACAUUCCCAGGUUCUGAGCAGAACCUCAGUCCAGAGUCUGUGUUGCAGACAUUCGAUCUUCCAUGUGAGGAGAAAGUCCUUGGCAUCGUCAAACAAUCCUACCCGUUCUACUGGCACGACAAGCAAGAAUCAUCCAUGAACCUCUCUCCUGCUGAACUGAUGUCGGAUCUUAGCCCUUACUCUGUGCCCAUCUCUCAUCAUUCUGUCCUUGAUGGAUGCUUAGUCAUCACGGAAUGUGCUGUCUAUGAGUGUCGUCCGAGGAUCUCCCCAGAACGUUACUUUUUCCAACUGGCUCUCCACCCCACGGACUGUGUACAUGUCGACCACUUUGCGGUCAGUCUUGGACUUGAUUACAACCAACUGUUCCAGCUUGCUACGGACCACCUGCUAACUAAGGGCCAUUUUACACAUGCACUGCGGCUAUUCAAGAUGGCUAAGUCUUCCUACGUGAAGCGUGUUGCGUCCCUUGCAUCGUACGGAUGCAUCCAAGAGAUGAUGACCUAUGUACAGUACAUCCUGAAGAAAGGAGGUGAAGAAGUGACCACCCAGGAGUCGAAAAGGCUCUCCGACAUUGCUCUCUAUGGUUUCAUCUACCUCAUCAAGAGUGGCCGCGCCAAGAACCCAAAUCUGAUAUCAGCUUUCAGGGAAUUCUUACUCAGCAACUUUUUCUACAAUGAAACUAAUGCCCUGAAAGUCUUGGCAGAAUGGCGUUGGCCGACAUUACUGCUGGAGGUUGGCAAGGCACGUGGUCUCAUUGUGGAGAGUCUUGAACUGCUGUUACAACAUAGUCUAUACAAUGUGGAGUUUUCAUUAUGGAAGGACCUGGUACAGAAAGGUUUUGGAGCUUACCUCUGUCAUGUUGGUCAUGGUGUCUUCCUUCUCUGUUUGUCUCCUGAAGAACUGGUUGACCUGCUGUGUGUGAGGCCCCAGCUGGCCGUGCUACAGGUCGACAUGUUGCAGCAACACGUCCGCAAACUGGACACUGAUCGGCUGAUGAAGUUAGCCGAGGUGUUUGACCCCUCCAAACACAUAGUCCGGGGGCACUUGCGAUGUCAACGAGUGCGCAGUGAAAGAACUUUCAGUCAAACAUCUCGAAGUUCCUUGGUGUCACAGAACUUUGGAGAAAUGCCAAACCCUGAGAUGUCUCUAGCAUCAACACAGAAGAUGGUGGACUUCUUCUUCGACCUCCUCCUACUGCUAAACAAGAGACGAGACAGUGAGAUGUCCUCUGCCAAUCUGUGUCGGGAAUUGCAGCCACGGCCUUUUAUUUCUGAACACUUAACGUUUGCAGAAGAGAUGGCCACAAAAUCCGAAUCCUUCCUGUCACUUCAGCCGUCUUUUAUUGGAUGCGGGAAUGGUUAUGUCGCCAUGGUGCGCAACGGUGACCUCUACACCUGGGGAAAGUCCAACUCUGGUUGUCUUGGCCAUGGAGACCUGACAUCUGAGGAUACUGUGAUGCCGGUCAGCCGUGUGGAGACCCUUCACAUGUUGAAGAUAUGUGUGACUAGUGUCACCUGUGGCGGUGAACACAUCUUAGCCCUCAGCUCUCAAGGGGUAUACAGCUGGGGAUCUUCCAAAUAUGGUCAGGUUGGUGUUGGCGCCUAUCAUCAUUACUACACUCGGCCGAUGCUUGUGGAGAGUCUGUCUUCAGAGUGUUGUGUCAGUUUGGUCUGUGGACAAUACCAUUCAGUUGCAUUGACCAACGAUGGCAAGGUGUUUACAUGGGGUUGGGGUGUCCACGGACAGCUUGGUCACGGUGAUGCUGAAAACCAGUCCGUCCCUAAGCUGAUCAGCUGUCUACCUACGGCCAAAGAGAUCCGGACAAUACAAUUGGCUGCAGGUUAUGCGCACACAAUGGUACUCAGUCAACAGGGAGAUGUCUACAGUUUCGGAUGCGGCUACUUUGGACAGCUCGGACUUGGCCAGAGGCAAAAGAAAUCGGUACCAAGUCAUAUAACAUUGCCAGAAAAGAUCUCAUAUAUUGCUGCUAACUUCUUCAGCUCGGUUGCUGUCACCCAAGAUAGCAGUGUCUACUGCUGGGGUAUCCACCCGAACAUCAUCCGCUAUGCUGCGCAGAUGAGCCGUCGUGCUCCCGGACAGGAAGCUGCCGAUGGUUUCGGCGAUGACUAUCUCUCUCCAUUGCUGGUCGAUACAUCUAACGUUCUUGGCAAAAUAGUUCAGGUCAGCUGUGGUAGCUACCACUUUGUCCUGCUUACUUCAGACGGUGUGGUAUACACUUGGGGUCGAAAUACUGAUGGACAGUUGGGCUUUGUAUCCUACCAAAACAUUUCAUUUCCAACCCAAGUGACGGCUAUCAGUGAUGUCCACAUCUCACACGUCUACAGUGGCUCAGACUUCAAUGUGGCACUGAACAGCGAUGGAGAGGUUUGGGGAUGGGGACGGAAUGACACUGGACAGCUCCUACAUCUCAUAAAGGAGAAAGGCGUCCGUGUGAGACCAAAGGCCAUUCUAAAUCGAGACGACGUCCAGCAAGGCAAUGCCACCCACGUGCGUGUCCCUAUACUCCUCCCUGGGGUGCCGUCAGCAAAAGGUGGGACCCUAUAUGUAUCACAUGACCACAGUAGUAACGGAGCACUCUUUGAUUCUGAAGACUUUUACCAAAUGUCCCAAAUUAAGAUCCCAGACCUAUCCUCCGUCGGACUACUCAGGUAUGGGAGACAGGUGGUGCCUGUAUUACUGCGGGUAAGUUUUCGCUUCUUUCUCUUUUUCUUACCUUCACAUCUUCUCAGACAGGUUUAUGGUUGGGCCUGUUGGGGUGGAGACCUCCGGCGUUCUCGGCCCCUGGGGCAGAGAUUAAGGUAUCAGUCACUCUCCGACAGGUUUAUGGUCGAGCCUAUGGCAGUGGAGACCUCUAGCAUUCUCGUCCCCGGGACCAAAUCCCUGCUCAUUGCUAUUAGGGCAGAGAUAAAGGUAUUGGUUGAGCCUAUGGCAGUGGAGACCUCUGGCAUUCUUGGCCCCUGGACCAAAUCCCUGCUCAUUGCUAUUAGGGCUCUGGGCUUCCAUUUGAUGUUGAUCAGUGAAACCGUUGUUAACCUUGAGCAAGACCUUCUACUUCCCCUGUCCAUCCAAGUUCUUGACUUCUAUAUCAGAUUUCGACAGAUCCUGACCUUCUGGAGGAGACAUUCAUUACCAUCCGAUGCCUUAGAAAGGUUCUUUGACCAAUAUUUUGAUGAUUUUGCUCCCAAUCUUGGUCUUCUGCUGCUAAGGGAAGAUGGUGUGAGUGCUGACCAAUCAAUAGCAGCGGUCAGCAGUGCCGCCAUGGGCCCAACUCCUUCUGCCUUCCGUCAGCUCUUCUCCCCUGCUUACCUUCUCAAGAUCGUAGCUAACAUCAUAGAACAAAUCAACACAGACAUACAACAACAACAACAGGCACCACCACCACCACUGCAGCCGGGUGUCAGGAAGAGCUCUCAGUCUGUGCGCCACAAGAUGGUGUCAGUGGUCAAGCAGAUGGUGCAAUGCUUCAGCAAUUACAGCCAAACUUCGACGUCCCUGGGCAUUGCGGGCACCGACAAGUCGGUGCCAUAUGCCCGGUUGUGGGCUGACAUCGUGCGCAAUGUUUGCAAGAUGUCCGACACGCACAGCUAUGUGACUCUGUCUCAGCCGCACAUCCAGCACCUGUUGGCCCUCUCUGGGCCCCUUUCAAUAUCUGGAGGGACCAGCAGCAGCAACAGCAACAGCAGCUGUAAUGACGACAGCAGCAGUAGCAACAACAGCAGCAGCGUUGCUGCUGCGAUGAUGAAGGCGCGGCGCCUCUCGCAUAAUUACAGCCCCACCAUGGGGAGUAGCAGCAGCAACGGCAGCGUCUACAGCAGCAAGAGUGGCGGAGGCGGCGCAGUCGUCGCGACGACGAAGCAGGCAGUGGCGGAGUCGCUCAAAGUCGUUGCGUUCACGUGUGGCCAUCACUUCUUGGAGCCGUCUUUCAAGAACGACGUGCUGGUCAACUUGGGCCACGCAGUCGCUAAGGACAAGCGUCUUCCACGCACAGCUGCACUCCUCGCUGACUGCUACAGCAAGCUUGCAACAGUACCUUUAGCGUGUCCGCAGUGUGUGCAACAGACCGUGUGAUUGGCUGGUUGGCUUGUCGGAGUGUGUGUGUGUGUCUGUGUGUGUGAAAGGGAUUGUAGUAAAGUCAGUAUGUCUGGAGUAACUUGCAACAAGCCAGUGAGGGGACUGUCUGCCCCGCUAGAAUUUGCAGCCAAAUCUCCUUCAACAUGCAGAUGAGUGAACUGGAGCAAUAUGAAAUAAAGUGUCUUGCUCAAGAUAACACAGCACACGGCACAGUGCGGGAAUUGAACUCCCUACUUCAUUAUUGUGAGCCCAGUGACUGGUACUUUAGCAGACUGACCCCAUAACCACAACAUAGCUGAUGUUGAAUUAAAUGAGUCCCCCCCACCUCCCAUCAUUUUUCCCCACCAGAAUAUAACUGGUUCUUAAUUGAAGAUCCACUCCUUUUGUAAGGACUGCAAGGUAGAUGUAUCCCAUUGAGAUUUGAACUGGGAACACCAAAGAUGUUACUGGGAUGUCUUUGGCUGCAGCAUCUACAGGACAACCUGCCUGGAUUGGCUCGUCAAAAAUGAUAGCACCAGGAGCAUUCGUGAUUGCUUGAUCUUCCAGAAACAACAGCUAAAUCUCCUUUAAAUCCCACCUGACCGUAUUACUAAAAGUAAAAAUGUAAAUAAAAUGAAAUAAAACAAACAAAAAAAAACAUAAUGGAUACAUUGGACCAUGUCGUCCAAAAUACACAAUAACUGAAAAAAAAAACAACACAAAAACAAAAUAAGAUGGUUUACUUAUGGUUGGAAUGACUUUGAUCAUGGGUCCACUUGUCCCCCUGGGAUCGCCUAGGGUUAAAUAAUAACCACCAACAUAUCCACUGACAAUUGCUCUAU